GGAAAGAGACAGUAGAAGACAGAAGAGCGAGAAAGAAAAGCAAAAUGGCAGCAGUUAAAUUUGGCUCGCACUUGAAAGAAUUAAGAUUUUUGUUAUGUCAAACGUCUAAAUCCAGUCAAGGUGUCAGGGAGUUUAUAGAAAAAGAGUACGUGCCCUUGAAAUUGAGUAAUCCAAAAUUUCCAGUUCUAAUUAGAGAAUGCUCAGCAAUAGAACCUCGAUUGUAUGCACGAUAUGAAUUCGGCAAAGAAGCUUCUAUAUCUCUAGGAAAUUUAAAACCAGAAGAAAUUCUUCAGAAGCUAAAACAACUAGCCUCUGCUAAACCUUAAAAAAAUACUAAAAAAUGUUAAAUCAAGUGUACAUUAUAAAUAAGUAUUUUAGUUAUUACAAUAUUAAUUAAAAAUAAUAAACUAGCUUCAAUUGAAUAAUUAAUA